ACUGGAAAGUAAACUGUAAGCAUUAACACAAGCAUUGACCUUCUUAAUGAUGACUGAAUCUUUUGAUUAUUCAAACAUCAACUUAGGUUGCCACUCGUAUGUGUAAUUAAUGCAAGUUCAAACCCUAAUGAAUGCCAAUAUCAAUCUGUAGACUAUGUCAUGCAAAAUCAGUGUUUGGUUUGUAAUAAAGAUGUUUUGUGAUAUCCUAUUCUACCCUUUUUAAACUGUGAAUGGCUUUCAAUACUAAUUUCUUAGAAUAAGGCAAUAUCUCAACUAGACACAGUUGCGAUAUUUUGAAAUAGUGUUUUCUUUUCGCUAGAUCAUAUGAAGUAUCAGUUAAUCUUCUCUUCAUAACAAAUUUCAUAUAAAUUGAGUCGAUCCGCAAGCAAAGGACUAAAUUGGCUAUAAUGAAUCAUUUACAAAAUGGCUCUCCAGCUUUAGAUAUGAAGAGGAUUGAAGCUGCUAAAGCUAAUCGCCAAUUGCAGCUUGAAAACUGGAGGAAUUAUGAACGACAGAUGCAGGCAUCAGACAAACAUCCAAAGAAAAUUCAUCCCCACAAGGCAAAUCGUUUAAAUGUUAAAUUUACCGAUAACUGCGUACUACUUGAUGCCACUCUACGUGGAGAUUGUGAGGAGGUUGAAUAUUUGCUUUCACAUGGAAUAGAUCCAAAUAUAUCUAAUGUUGAUGGACUGACAGCCUUACAUCAAGCAUGUAUAGAUAAUGAUAGUGUUUUAUGUAAUCUUUUGCUUAACUAUGGUGCAAAUGUGAAUGCACGCGAUGCAGAUCUGUGGACACCUUUGCAUGCUGCUUCUACAUGUGGUUAUUUACAAAUCUGUCAGUUGUUAAUCAAACGUGGUGCAGAUUUGAAGGCUUGCAAUGCCGAUGGAUUAAUUCCCUAUGAUAUAUGUGAUGACGAAAAGACUUCAGAUUUUCUUCAAAGUCAAAUGCAUAAAUUUGGUAUAUCACCUGAAGAUAUCGAAGAAGCUCGUUCCGCACUAGAAAUGAAAAUGCUCUCAGAUCUAAAGACAGCACGUUUAAAAAGAUACAAUUUAAAUAUACUAGACACACAAGGUGCUGCUCCAAUUCAUGUUGCUGCAGCUUGUGGAUAUUGUGAGGUCGGUCUCUUUUUACUACAGUCUGGUGUAGAUCCUAAUAGUUUAGACGCAGAUGGAUGGACACCUUCUCAUGUUGCUGCUUGCUGGGGUGAAAUGGAAAUGAUCAGGUUACUUGUAUCCCAUGGAGGUGAUCUUACUAUACCAACGCCAGAUGGUAGAACAGCAUUCACAAUAUGUGAUAAUGACGAGACUCAUGAUGAAGUCUGCACAAUUUGGAAUAUGAGAGAAAAACUUAGAUCAUGUGCCAAAUUAAUGGAUUCAAAUUCUUCCAUCAAACCUUUUCGACGAAGAAGAAGUGGAUCUUUAAUUCAUCGGAGCUCACUCAGAGAUAAAUCAAAUUUAUCAAGACGUGAAGCAAAAGAAGAAGCUCAGUUCGCUCACUCCUCUUCAAUCUGUUUAACUGAUGUACCAUCUGGUUACGAAAAAGAUGACCGAAUCCAACAUGAAAAUCACAACAUUAUUGCAGGCGAUAGAAAUGCGUUGCAUACUUCUGCCGUUUUCAAAAACAGUAACUUAUCUAGUUCACCAAAAUCAAGAAAACAAAAGUCACUGACAUCUAAUCAAAUUGAUGACAGAAAACGUGACCCACGCUUUCCUAUUCUAUUAAACUCAGAUGAUUAUGAAUACACAACAGAAGAAUACACACACUCUAUUGAUAGUGCUAAGCGUAAUUCUCAGACAAAGGAAUCGAAAGUUCGGAAUGACUUUCCCAAUCAACGAGAGAUUACAAUUUUAUCAACUGAUUUAAAGAGUAACUAUACUAAUGGUCAAACAACAACCAUGGAUAAGCGUAGUCAUAUUGAAUCAAUGUGCUCUUCUAAUGAUUCUAAUUCAAUCAUUCAGGCAAAUAGUUUGAAAUAUCUGACAGACAGAGAAGUGCAUAUUAAUAGUACGAACUAUCCAUACAAGAACGCUUCCUCUAGGGAACUGUCAUUACCGCAAUAUAUUGAUCAAGAUAGAAUAACUGACAAUUCUCAGCAUUCCUUGAUUCGUCAAGAAUGUUGUCGAAGAUGUACAAUACUAUAGUUUAAUGAUUUCCUUCUUUUAUUCUUAUAUGAAACAAAUGUAAAUGUUUAUUUACGUUGCCUUCUUUUUUCUGUAAUAUUUGUUUUUCCUACGACUCCUUUAUAAUUCUGUAAGUUUUCGGGGAAAUAAGCAUUCUUCACAUCUAUAAUUGUAUUCUAAAUGGAUAUAAAUGUUAGUGAAGAGUCAGGUGAAAAUCAUUUCAAAUUGUAUAACAAUUCAACUAGUUUUGAUUUAAUUAAUUCCAUAUCUGACAGAUUACAUUACAUAAUUCAUCCUACAUUCAACUGUAAUCACUUGAUUAUCCUUUGUUUAAAAUUUUCCUUAAACAAAUUGACAAUUUUCUACUAAAACGUUUUUAUUACAAUGAUUAAUAUUUGAAAAGAAAUAACAGUAUUUCAUUUCCUUAUUUUACUAAAUCACCGUGAACUAGUUUUCUUGACUGAAUUGAUCUUGUUGUUUCAAAUGCAAUUUACUUUUCUUGAUCUUAUACUUGGAUACGGUGAUGAAUACUUUCAUUUACUAUUGGAUGAAAACCAUAGGGAAGAAAAAUAAAUAUGGAAAACUAACUUUUGAUUUAAACGUUAAACAUAACAAAUACGGUUUGAAAAGCUCUGAAACUAUCGGACUUGUUCUAUUUAUUUUCAUUACUAAAUAAUGUGAUAUAACGAUUAGGCUAAUGAAGCAAACACAGUUCUAUUUUAGAACCAUAAUGUAAUAUUUGUUUUUCAUUUCUGUAAUUUUCCUUGAGCUCCAAAUCGUCUUCAUCAUUAUUGUAAGCUGCAGCAGUAUAACCAUGAACAUGGCAAGUUUUUCCAUACUUUCACGAAAAAAUACAUUUGGCAUUAUUGUUAUAUGUCAUCUGUUUUAUAUUUCUUUUUUGAUCAUGCACAUUUACAUAUGCUAUUGAUUGACGCGGUUCACAUUUUUUUCUGAAAUCAAUAGAGGUAAAUUUCAUCUUUUGUAAACGGGUAAACAUGAAAUGUGUUGAUUUAUAUGAUAACAAAAUAUCGUCGAUAAAAUACAACUUACUAAAUUUCAGUUUAAUUAUCUUUAUUCCUAUUAUUUUUGAAAAUGUAAUUCGCCAAUGACUCCUCAGCAUGCAUCUUAAAUGAGACCACAAUAAUUGAUAAAACAAACCGUUAUGAUACCUGACCGAAAAUCUAAUUAUCUGGAUUCAAUUUUAUUCCGACUAUCAUGCACUGAACAACUUUCUAUCAUUGAAUAAGAAAUUUUAUAAAUUUGUUUUUUACUAUGAAAUGAUAAUACGUAGUUUCCAGAUGGACUGGUGGUUUUCGAUGGUGGAAUUAGGGAACAUUGUGAAUGGCGAUUUUCAUUAAACAAAGGUGUAUCUGUUUCAUGAUGAGGUUCUACUGCAUUAUAUUGUUUAAUUACACUGCCUUUUACCAAGACUAAAAAAGUCUUUCAAAUCUUGUUGUUGAACAGGAGAACCGAUCAUUACAGAAAAUCACUUGAAAUAUUUCAAAUAAACAGAAUAUUUUACCUGAAUCAUCCAGAGUUUUGCGAAUACAUUUUACAAUAUUUCCAGAAAUAUUAUAAAGUAGAAAGUAAUGCAUGAAAUAAAUAUCGAGUUCGAAAUGACCUCAGUAUAAAACUACAAUAUAGAGUAAAUUCCCCAAGAGUAAUAUAGAUGAAAUUACAUUGGUGAAGCUUGAUAGUAUGAAUAUCAAAAGUCAGUACGAAUGUUUUAUACGAAAAGUUUGAUGAUCGAAAAAAUGGAAAGUGAUUCGGUAGACUGACUUGUCUUCUAUUGAACUCUAACAAUAUCGACAUUGACAUGAUCAUAACAGUGCUAUCGCUUAAAGGAAACAAAACAUAGUCCUUGUUUGUUAG